CAGGUCUACAAAACCAACCAGUACGUGGGACACAGCGCUAACGGGAGCCUUGCUGCUGGGGAGACUGCCAUGUCUCGCCCCCUCUCCCAAACAACCGCUAGUGCUAACAAUGCGGCCGGCGGUCUGACUCGGAGCCUCUCAACCAAAACAAAUACCAGCACGCGCACGUCUGAUAUCAGAUUAUACGUUACCAAUCUGCGAUUACUCGACUUAGAUUUACGCCCAGACUGGCCUGGGAUAACUGUACAAACAUUCUCAUCCAAGAAUGCGGACCAGAAGCAGAGAAUUGGCGGUGUGGAAUGGUCCCUGUUCAGGUUGUUCGAGAUAUGGGACCCCCACGAGACCAGCCAGAAACUUCAACCCUUCUUUCCGCCCCUGGAGCCUCUCCAGUCCCUGAAUCUCCGCGCCGCGCUCUACCGAUGCCUCAACGACCUGAAGAAGAACGGGGUCCUGGGCCGAGAGACUGUGCUCAGGAAGACCAUGCUAGAUGAGUGUAAAGGGGAGAAGUUCUUCGAGCUCCUUGCCGUCUUCUCCAAUGUGGUGCUUAAGAAGGUUAUAUCCGAGCGAGACGUUGGCAGGAGGACCGUACCUAUUUCCAGAGAUCUUGCCAUGGCCUCGACUCUCCCGGCUCGAGAUCAAGCCUCCUUCAUACCGCUAGCAAUUGCCCACAAAGCCGCGUUGAUGCAAGUGCUGAACAGGAAGGAAGAGAAAAGGCGAAGAUUCAAGGACUUCGAGAACCUAUUGGAUAAAAACGCUGCGGCCAUAGAAAAGCGGGUGGCAGAGCGCAAGACGACGGCAGUCUGCGCUGGCCGUGAGAUAUCAGAGAAGGAUUUUAGGACCAUGAAGAAACAGCUCAAGGACAACUGGGUUGGAGAUCAGAAGUGGAUUGAUGCGAUGCUGCACGGUGACAGCAGUGCCGCAGAGGACGUCUUCUUGGGGAUGCAUUUCAAUGAUGUCUGGCCCAUGGUUGAACAGGGCUGUAAAUUGGAAGAAACCGCCCCUGCAAUUGGACUGCUGGAAAGUCUGCAAUCUAUGGUUCAGGAACAACAGGCUAGGUUGAAGAAGUGGAAGGAUUUCCACCAAAACAUGAGACGGCGCGUGGAUGUCAAGGCGCAGAAGAAAACACCAAAUCAGGGUGUGACUUCUGGCAUCAAACUCGACAGUCAUCUGGGUUUGCAACUACAGUCAGCGGAACCUCGGGAGAAAAACGAAAGCAAAGGUGAACGACUCCAAUCCCAAUACCAGGAGAUUAUAACGGCAAUGGAUAGCGGGCUCUCACACAUCUCAAAAGCAAGAUACAACCGCCCCUUUUUGCCGAUGCUUUCCCGAAGGCGGCCGUCGACAGAGGAUACUCGGACAGACGUUCCUCAGCGGAAGUUGAAACCGCCAUUGGUUCCUAACGACUCGCAUGUUGAGCCCUUGAAGCAAAACCGGGCGUAUCCUCCACCAUUAUUACAGCCCAAGGCACGACAAAAGAUGCAUGCACCUUGUGAUAACUCCCAUAGCUACCCACCGGGUUCUGACACCACCCUGGUUGGUCAUCCCUCAACUAAUUUGAGUAAUGAUUCCGAUGGUCCGAAACCUGUUGAAGAAUCUCUGCCGGGAAGUCCUCAUAGCACUCCUUCAGCGUCGCCCGCGCACUUUCCCACCAGUUCCCAACCAGCUGAUGAAUGGCCUUCUGAGCCACCACGCAUAGAGGAGCCCCCUAUAAAUGAUGAGGACGACCUGGCCGAACGCAUCAUCUCGUCAAUUGGGGAUGCAACGCCAUCGCCUGUUAAACGACAACCACGUCCUUCCCUCCUGGAACGGACGCAGAUGUCCAUGGCUCGCAAUGCCGGUCUUCCAUCUAUUGCCGAUACUCCUUCCUCUGAGUUGCCCAAGCUUCCCGAGCUAUCUGCUCAGUUGACAGCACCCACGCACAGUGAAAGCUCGCUUCUGGAACGCACUCGUCAUAGUAUGGCGGCCAUGUCCCAGGCCCAACGAACUACGCAGUCGACGAAGGAAAACCGCAAAAGCCGUUCACGCCAGUCUUUAUACCCAGUUAAUCAGUUCGACACGCCAAGGUCCCGGAAAUCUUUCCAAGCGAUUGAGGAGGCCAAAUCAGGCGACACUACGCCGAAAGAAGUGCUGUUUUCGGAUGACGUUGACUAUGAACAUGUUUUCAAGAGUAGACCUAGGGUUGCUCAGAGUCCGAUUUUCACUCCUCUCCAAACUGCAGAUGACCAGACCAAGAGUGAUUCGGGCGAGAACUAUGUUCUUUCGCUUGAUGAAGAUGACGGGUAUGAUGAGGGCGUCACCGGUGUGGAUCUCGCUGAUGUAGACGCUGAAGGUGAGAGAGGGUAUCAUCACGCUUGGGACAAUAGCCCUCUGCGACAUGCUGGUGGAGGGGCAAAAGCGAGAGAAUUGCUGUUUAGAUGAGGGCUCUAAUUCUGGU